AUGCGUUCCAGCAAGCUUCUUCUCCUCGCCGGUCUGGCGAACUAUGUUCUCGCUCUCCCCACCAAGGACACCAGGGAUCUAGACCCCCGCACUCUUGGUCUCGCCGUCGAGAUCCUGUCCGAAUUCGGCAAGGACCUGACGACCAUCGUUGAAGAUAUCCUUGGCGGUGGAAGAAGCUCGACAUCCGUCCUUGCUGGUAUCAGUGCCCGGGCCGCUGCCGCUCUCAACGGAGGUGCCUUGGGUUGCAAGGCCGGUGCGAUUGAUGCCGACAUCCGUGCCGAAUUGGCCGCCUGGAUCCGCGCUCAUGCCGGAUUCGAGGCUUCUCUGAAGACUGAGCUCCUCGCCUGGUGUGAGGGUGAGGCUUCAGCAACUCUCUCGACCGAAGUGUGCGCCGGACUGUCCCUGUUCGUUCCUACUUGCGCCAAGACAGCUGCCGCGGGUGACCUUUACGUGACUAUUGACGGUAUCUUUGAUGUCACCACCCUUGAGGCCGGCGUGGUUCUUAGCUCUUCCUUCCAGUCUUCGCUGUCCGCAUUCAUCUCCGGCUCCGUCGGUCUCGAGCUGGAUGCCAACCUCCGCGCUGGUCUCUCUCUUUGCGCUGGUGGUGGUGUUCAUGCUGAUCUCCACGCCGAUCUUGCCGCCGCCUUGAAGGUCUGGCUCAAUGGCUCGUCCUGCUCCCUGAGCGCCGAGCUCAAGGUUGCCAUCUUGGCCUGGUUGGAGGGCAAGAUUGAGACUGGUGUCGUUGCCAUCGGUUCCAUUCCCACUGGCGGUGUUACUGCCGUCUCCGUUGGCGCCGCCAUCAGCGCCUGGAUUGAAGGCGAGGGUGCUCUUACCGCGACUGCCCAAGCUUACAUCUCUGCCUUCCUUGAGUCCAGUGUCUCUGCUGACAUUGAGGCUGAUGUUCAGGUCGUCCUCGAGGCCUGUAUUGCCGGCAAGCUCGCCACCUCCGUUUCCGCCGAUGCCCGUGCGGCCUUGGCCGUCUGGUUGUCCGGUUCCAGCUGCAGCCUGGGAGCCGAACUCAAGGCCGCUCUCUACCUCUGGCUCUCUUUCUCUGUCACUGAAGUCAGCAUUGACAUCUCCACCAGCCUUAUCACUGAGCUCGAGGCCUUCCUUACCGGCACUAUUGAGGCAUCCCUCGGAUCCAGCCUUCGUGGUACCCUCUGGCUCCUCCUUUCCGGCGAGAGCAUCGUCUAUCUUUCCGUCGAGGCCCGUGCCGAGUUGGCCGCCGUCCUCGGUGGUGCUGUUGACAUCGAGAUCAGCAGCAGCUUCAGACUCCUCAUUAUCGAAUGGCUCACCGGCUGCAGCAUUCCGGGUGCCCCCACUAUCACCCCUGGCUCCGGAUCGACCACG